AAGCGGAAGCGGAACAAGAAUCGCGAGGCCAAGGUCAAGUCCGUCGAGCCGCCCGUCGUCAUCCCCGACGAGACCGUCGCCGUCGGCGCCCUCGCCGAGAAGCUCGACAAGUCGGGCGCGGAAGUCGUCAAGGUGCUCAUGCUGAAGAUGGGCGUUUUGGCGUCCGUGACCCAGAACAUCGACGGCGGCACCGCGCGGAAAGUCGCCGAGGAGCUCGGCAAGACCUGGGAGCAGCUGUCGGCGAUGGACUACGGCGCCGCGCUGGACGACGACGACGCGGCCUCCCAGCUGCCGCGCGCGCCCGUGAUCACGAUCAUGGGCCACGUCGACCACGGGAAGACGAGUUUGCUCGAUGCCCUGCGCCUGACGAACGUCGCCGAGGGCGAGACGGGCGGCAUCACCCAGGGCGUCGGCGCGUACCAGAUCGACGUCCGCGACGACCAGUCCGUGACGUUCAUCGACACGCCGGGCCACGCGGCCUUUAGCGAGAUGCGCGAGCGCGGGGCCAACGUGACGGACAUCGUCGUGCUCGUGGUCGCCGCGGACGACGGCGUCAAGGAGCAGACCGUGGACUCCAUCGCGUGCGCCAAGGCGGCGCGGGUGCCGGUGGUCGUGGCGGUGAACAAGAUCGACGUCGAGGGCGCGGACCCGACGCGCGUGGAGAACGAGUUGAUGUCCUACGAUUUGGUGCCCGAGGAGAACGGCGGCGAGACGCUGUUCGCUCGGGUGUCGGCGCGCGAGAAGCUGGGGCUGGACGAUUUGCUCGACAAGCUCUUGCUGCAGGCGGACCUGCUGGAUCUGCGGGCGAACCCGGACCGGUCGGCGACGGGCAUCGUCGUCGAGGCGGGCGUCAAGAAGGGCCUCGGCGUCACGGCGACGACGCUCAUCCAGCGCGGCACGCUCCGCGUCGGCGACUGCUUCUGCGCCGGCGCCGCCUGGGGCAAGGCGCGCGCGCUCCUGGACGAGCGCGGCGACGCCGUCGACGCGGCGACGCCGUCGACGCCCGUGCAGCUCGUCGGCUGGCAGUCGGGCGCGGACACGGUGCCUUUGGCGGGCGACUACCUCCAGGUGGUCCCCGACGAGCAGACGGCGCGCAAGCUCAGCGAGGCGCGCGCGGAGCUCGCGGCGCAGCAGCGCGGCGCGAAGCUCCGCGACGCGACGGCGUCCGCGUUCCUCAACCACGUGCAGUCGUUCGGCGGCGAGGGCGCGAAGGAGGAGCGCAAGUUCACGGUGCUCAUCAAGGGCGACACGGCGGGCUCCGUCGAGGCGCUCACGAGCUCCCUGGAGGCCCUGGACAUCCAGGACGACGUGUCGCGGGUGAAGGCGACGGUGGUCUUCUCGGGCGUCGGCGACGUCACGAAGUCGGACGUCGCCGUCGCGUCCGUCUCCGGCGCCUACGUCAUCGCCUUCAACGUGGCGUCCAACGCCGCCGCCAUCGAGGAGGAGCGGCGGCUGUCGGGGGCCGUGCGCACGCGCUACUACGGCAUCGUCUACGACGUCUUGGACGACGUCGAGGCGCGCAUGCGCAAGGUCCUGUCGCCGACGCCCGACGGCGAGCUCGUCGGCACGGCCACGGUCAAGCAGCUCUUCGACAUCGGCAAGCUCGGCAAGGUCGCCGGCUGCGGCGUCGACACGGGCUACAUCCGCCGCCAGGCGAACGUCCGCGUCAUGGCGGGCGACACGAUCAAGUUCCAGGGCAAGCUCCGCACGCUCCGCAACGUCAAGGUCGACGUCGACAAGAUCGAGGCCCCCAACGACUGCGGCCUCUCCUUCAAGGACUGGGAGGACGUCGAGGUCGGCGACGUCGUCGAGUGCUAC